AUGAAUUUACCCACCUACUCACUCGCCGACUCACCCCAUUCGACGAUCCUCAACGUCUGUCUAGGCGUACCCCCAUCUUCCAAACCAAUCAUCAUCAAUCGACCACCACCUAAACCUUCAUCAUCAUCAUCAUUAUCAUCAUCGUCAUCUUCUUCUUCUUCAAAGGUAUUCAUCUCACAGCAGAACAAGAAAUCUGACCUCAAAGGCAAAGCGCCUCAACGUGACCAAAACGAACAACAGGAAGAAGUAGAAGAAGAAGAAGAAGAACAAUGGCAGGAUGCGGAGUUCCGGAGGUCAUCCACUCGCCAACCUACGUCCCUCCCACCGUCCGAUCAAGAUCUUCUGAACAAUUCUCACAUUCAUAACGAGAAAGGGAGCGGAGAGAAUGAGGAUCAUCCCUUGUUCAAAUAUACCGGCUGGGACGAAUGUUUUGCAACUGCUAAUGCUGAGGGAUGGACCAUUUAUCGGAAUUAUCCGCUCAGAGUCAUUCAAAAACAUGUGGUUCCAAAUGGUUCAUUGAGGAUCGUGAUGCCGCUUCAUCGAACAAACAUACUAUAUCUAGUUGGGGGCCCACCGAGUGCAUUAUACUCACCGAACAAGGUGAUAAUCUACGACAGUUUGGAAUCAAAGGCGAAAUAUUCGAUCGAGAUGAGCUCGCCAGUUCUAGGAAUCACGGCAAGACGGGAUAAAUUAGUAGUAGUCCUAUUAGAACGGGUGGUGCUAUUUGGGGGCCGACAAUCCGGGAAGGUCCAGAUCGUCCAUCUGCCGCUCUUCGAACCCGAUCGUCCUGCCUCCUCCUCCUCCUCUGGAAGAAUCUCCGACCGGACCUCCGCCGAUCGUCGACAACAUCCUCCAUACCCUUCCACGGCCAUCCUCGUCGCACAUACUACCCCUCUCGCCAGUCUCGCCAUCACUCCCUGUGGGAAACUCAUCGCCACCGCCUCCGUCACCGGCACCCUCAUCCGCAUCUGGAACGCUAAAUCCGCCGCCCUCGUCCGCGAACUUCGCCGGGGUACUGACGGCGCGGAAAUCUGGGGCUUGCGCUUCAGACCCGAUGGGCUGGCUAUCUGCGCUACUAGCGAUAAGGGCACUAUUCAUGUUUGGAGCCUUGCGGAGAAACCGAAGACUAAAGAACCAGCUGAGGAUGGGAAAACUGGGAGGUCGUUAGCAUUAUUGAAGCCCUAUCUACCCAAAUACUUUCAUUCGACAUGGUCCGACGGGUUUUUCCGACUUCCCGGGCCGGGAGGCAAGCCGAGUCGAGGCACGAGUCUUCCGGGCCUAUUUGGUUCGCCGGUGAUAGGUGGGGCGAGUUCAGGGGAGUCGAGUGGGGGAGGAGAAGGGAUAGAGGGAGGGAUAGCUCAUGGACGACCAUUGAUGACGGUGGAAGAUGAUGUGAGUUUGGUCAGCUGGAUCCUCGCGCCAGGACCGGGGCCCGAGCCGUCUCCUCCCAUCGAGCCCCAAAUCGUCGCCAUCACUCGCUCUGGUGCUUGGUUCAGACUCCGGAUGCCCCCCUCUACUCUCGACCUCUUACAUCCCCCUCCUCCGAAUACUACCUCAUCCUCCUCGUCUGCUGCUGCUUCUGGGAAAUCUCCCUCGGUCGAUCGUAGCGUGCCGCUCGAAUGCGUCGAGUAUCGUAGGUUCCUUGAGGACGAGGAUUGGAGUGAUGAGGAUGAUCAGGACUGUAUUGGCCGGUUUCCUUCUUGA